UCCCUCAGUCCUUGAAUCUAAACAAUGCCUAUGGGCGAGGACCCACGGCAUGGGCUGCUUGUGGCGCUGGUUGUGGGCCUGGUCGGCGUGCUGCUCCUGAUCUUCGCGGCGCUGGCGGUUGCACCCGUGCUCGUGAUCGUGCUGGGGCUGAUGACGUACGUGGUGUGGUGGUAUGUCUCACGGGAAGACACCUCCUACAUGCACCACGCGCAGGAACACGAGAACCGGUUCUGGACUACGGUGGCGUUUUGCUUCUCGGGGGCGUUGGUGUUCGUUCAUGACAGUCCCGUGGCCUUGGGGCAAUGGUCCCCCGUGCUGGGGUUCCUUUUCGUCAUGAUGUUCACCUUCUCGGUGCACAGCUACGAUCGACAGCACGAUGAGAUCCGUUCAUUGGAGUUGGGCGUUGGGCGAAGCCUCGCAAGCGUGUCGGACAGCGGCGCUUGGGUCCCCGCCGAUUACCCUUCCGUCCGGGCUUCGCGGCCCCUCGGCGGGCCCUGUCCCUCCUCUGCUCACACCCGCCGCCCUCGGCGUGCUCGUUCGGGUUCCCAGCUCCACCGGUCGAGAAUCGGGCGUGCGCCUAACUUUCGGCCAUCGGUGGAAAGCAGCACUAUGCUUCACAGCAGCGUUCAGGAUAAGUGCCGGCGCAUCUCCCUGUGCCUCAGCAAGCUCGACAACCGGCUCGUGGCAACCAACCUCAACCACAUGCUCUGGGCGGAUAUGGUGCAAAACUUGGAGAAGGAGAUCGUGAACAUUCUCAGCGAUGCAGACCCGUCGGAGCUGAACUACAUGCUGCCCAAGAUCGGGCUAGGCCUACUGUUCUACAAGGUCAAGGACCACGCGCCAAUCAACCUGCACAGGACGAGACUGCUCAACGUGCUCGCCGACAACCGCAUAUCGGACCUUAACGUGACAUCGCGAGCUCUCGUGCUCGACGCUCUCCAGCAGCUAAAGCUUUCUGCUCACAAAGACAGCGAGACGUACGCGAAGAAAAUCAUCUUGAAGACGAAAGGAGACGACUUGUCGGAGCUGAAGAGCCUAACCGACGCGAAGGGCGACAUCCACUCCAUACACAAGCUCGUCUAUCGCGACAUCAAGGACGUGGCUGUCAGAGAGGAGGUGCUGAAGCACAUCGCCAACCAGGCCAAGGUGCAGGCGGCGCACAUGCGACUCGGGACCCGCACGGGGAGCAGGCGCAGCGGGAAGGCGUGGCGCAAGAUCCUCUCCGACGUCGACGACACGUUGACCUCAUCAGCACGAAAUGCAUCGACACUGCUGUUAUGUGAAGUUCUAGUGUAGGCCUGGGCAGACUUUCUUUCCCGCGACACGUGCGGUUUCACCCUGUCGAGCCCACAAGAGUUUUGUAAAAUAAGAUCGUUGCAUUUCGGGCUACAGCAGUGCCUCACCAAGGCUAGUCGACGGCGAAAGGGAAACCCACAUCAUGCACCCGAGUAGCCUGUGACCGGC